AUGGUUAAAUGUGCCAAGAAAUACGGAAAAGCAACUGGCAGACAGAUGAGCAUGGAAAUGGUUGAGUUGCAACAAGAUGACAAUGCAGUUAAUUCUGUGCCAGAGAGUGAUGCUUGUCACCUUCAGAAUCAGCCAGGCCGAAGUCGUAUUUCCCAAAGAUCUGAGGUUUCUGUAGCUGCAGCAAGUGCUGGAAGAGGAUCUCCAGCUGUAACUGUAGUGCAGUUGCCUUCUGGUCAAACUGGGCAUGCCCAGGGUGUCAUUCAAGCCGCACAGCCCUCAGCCAUUCAGUCACCACACAUCCAAGUUGCUCAGGUAGCAUCGAUUGCAGAUGAUUCUGCAGAUUCAGAAGGGAUAAUUGAUUCUCAGAAACGUAGGGAAAUACUUGCAAGAAGGCCUUCAUACCGCAAAAUCUUGAAUGAACUCUCAUCAGAUGCGUCUGCUGUACCGAACACUGAAGAAGAAGAAAAGUCAGAAGAUGAAGGAGCAUCUUCUGGAAUUUCGGGAAUGGCCGUGCCACCCAGCCUGUAUCAAACUACCGCCGGGCAAUACUUUACUCUAACUCAAGGUGGUGCAAUCCAGAUUUCUAACCCAGCAUCUGAUGGUGUUCAUGGACUACAGACGUUGUCAAUAACAAAUUCAGGAACUUCUCAGCCAGGUGCUACCAUUGUGCAAUACGCCGGACAAUCACCUGAUGGCACACAACAGUAUUUUUUUCCUGGAAGCCAAGUUGUUGUUCAAG